AUGGGCAAACACCCUGAAAACACAGACUACUGUAUGGCACUGUAGUACAUUAGCACCGAAUGUUACAGUGGAGUCACAGUGGACGGUUCCAAAGUCCACUAGAAUUGCAAUCUUACUGCCUCACUGUUUGUACUUUGCAGACCAGCAGCAACAGGAUUAAGCCUGUAUAGCACCUCCAGCUGUUAGAAUGGAAAAGCUCAACGACUACCUCUGCAGAUAUAAAGGCUGCAUUUUUGCAACUCACAUGCUGCAGGAAGAGAACAUCGACUGCCUUCAGAACUUCGAGAUACGGGACCGUGACAUUGUUCUGGUGACCUACCCAAAGUCAGGAACGAUAUGGACGCAGAACAUCAUAAUGUUGAUCUGUGAGUCGGACUGCACGAAUGAGACUGAAUUUUCCAACAAUCUGGAGAAAAUGCCAUGGCUGGAGUAUCCGCAGGGACACUCCGACUAUUCCUCCCGAGCCUCUCCGCGCUUCUUCGCUUCGCACCUCCCACCUGCACUCAUGCCCCCUGGACUUAAGGACAAGAAAGCAAAGAUCGUCUAUGUGGCCAGGAACCCUAAAGAUGUUGCGGUGUCUUAUUUUCACUUCUGCCAUGCAUGGACAAACCUGGAGACCCCCAAGAGCUUUGAAGAGUUUCUGCAGCAGUUCCUCGCUGGACACGUUGCUGGAUCGUCGUGGUUUGAUCACAUCCGGGAGUGGCACACACACAAAGAUGAGUACAACAUCCUCUUCCUGACAUACGAGGACAUGAUCAUGGAUCUGAGGUCGGCAGUGGAGAAGAUUUCCCGCUUUUUGGGACGAGAUCUGGACGAAGCUGCGAUCUCUCGUGUUGUGGAGAAAGCCACCUUUAAAAAUAUGAAGGAGGACCCCAAAGCCAACUAUGAGUUCCUUCCUACUGAGACUCUACAGGGCAAAUUCAUGCGCAAAGGUCAGAAUUCAGAGAUUAACCUAUAUGGACAUACAGAGUCCUGUAUAUGGACAGCAGCACGUUUAUUAGUUUGUCUCUGUACAGUAGCAUUUGUUCUUAGUUCAAUCAGAGAACUGCUAAAUAUCUUCAUCCUCAUGAUGUUCCACUUUACUCACACUCCAGUGUGAUCAGCUUCCAAUGCCAGACUCCAACAAACCAUUCAUGUCUAUAGUUUUGGCUCCGUAUUUCCUCUUUUAAUUAAAUACCACAGCGGCGUCGCACUUUUUACACCCUAAUGCAAACAAAAAGGGAUCUCUGGAACAAGGCCAUGGAACAACCACUUUUGGUUCCUUCAAGAACCUUUGGUAACACUUUACUUAAGCCAUGCUAAGUAACAUUGACAAACUCAUGCUAGAAACAUGUUAUAUUCUGUCAUAUGUUCUCAUAGCAGAUUGUAUUCAGUAAAAUAACAAUGGGUGGUUUAAUGGAGGGUUCUUUAAAGAUUGUUUGAGCCCCUUUGUCAUGUAUGUCUUGAGAGAAGGAGGAAAUGGACUCAAUCUCCCAGAAUCACCUGGGAGUUCACAUGACUGAUGCUUCCUACUUCUCACAACAGACUACAUCACCCAGAAUGCAAGGGGUGAUCAGCUGACUUCAGGUCCACAUGUUCUUAUCAGCGUUCUCCAUUGCUGGAAUUCUGAUGUGGUUCAUCUGUUUGGAUCAUGUGAUUAGCUGUUAGUAUAUAAGCCCGGGCUUUAGCAUUAGGCAAACUGUGAACCUCCUUAUUUUCAAUACAGGCCUUCAAAACAAUGUUCAAAACAAUGCCAUGCCGUUAUUUUAAAAACAAAAAUCUCACAUACUGUUUAUUUAAGGACCAUUUUUGCAUGAAUGAAGAACCUUUUUAAAGUUUAACGAAACUCU